AUGACGUCGCAACACUUCGGCAGAUCACACGCAAGAAGCACAACACAGGGAAGGCCUGUUUUUUCCGACGUCGAAAAUAAGAGGAGAAGCCGCGCCGAGUCUAUAGCUUUUCGAGGUUUCGAAACUACAUUCAUGAUCACGGAUUCUAUACCUGAUUUUGAACGUAUGGGGAGGCGUGAGAAGGACGCGGGAAUAAACCACAACGAGGAUUCCUCGCUCUCCCUGCAUCUGGCAAAUGACCCUCGUGCAGAGAUCGCCGGAGUUAAUGACGCUGUUGUCAUAAAGGACAAAUUUGUUUACGGUGUGUGGUGGUGUGAGUCAUAUCGAGGAUUCAUGUUUAUUGUGGCAAUCCUUUUGGUCUAUUAUGCCUCCACGAUGCCCGCUGGUGCUUUCGCUUUCGCCGUUGAGCACGAUCAUUAUUGGUUCGAUAAUCUGGGAGACGAUCUGGACAAAUUCUUCCCAUUCAGUUUGUGGGAGCUAGAAGGCAGAAGGUGGCUUUGUCAAUAUAGCCGCUUAACCAAUCCUUCAGUGGAAAUCUUAAACUCGUCAAAUCCUUGUAAAGAUGAUUUCAUAUACAUGGCUAGACACUGGGGAAUUAAUUAUCAGAAAGAGGCCACUAAAGCUCAACUUAAAGAUCUCAUAAUUGAAUAUUUGCAAGAGCUGCAUGAACCGCAGGCUUUUCCUCUUGAAACUAUUAACCUUGAUACUAGUAAUCCUUCACAAUUACUAGAAAUAGAGAAAUUGAGAUUCCAAAUAACACAAGCGAAGAAUUUAAGUGAGGAAAGAUUGUCUAGAGCUAGAGAAGAAGAGCAAGAUAAUCCUGAGGGUUUCUUUAGAGAGUUUGAGACUAUAGCCAAACAUUUUAAGUGGCCUGAGGAACACUGGGUUUGGUUAAUAAAGCCUAAACUGACCGGUAAAGCUCUGAAAGUGUGUGAAAAUCUUAAUGAUAACACUGAUUAUGAAGAAGUAAAAUGUGCUAUUCUAACUGCUUAUUCCAUAACCACUGAAGGAUAUCGACAGGCUUUCAGGAACAUGAACAAGUCUUCUAGCCAAACAUAUGCUGAGUUUGCCUCGGAGAAGCUUAGAGCUUUUAGACGGUGGAUAAAGUCUGCCUCAGUCAGUAAUUUCGAUCAAAUUUGCAACCUCGUAGUUUUAGAGGAAUUCAAAAGAAAGGUUCCAUAUUCCGUUAUGAUUCACCUCACAGACAAGGAGGAAAAUGCCCUCCACGAAGCAGCCAAGGCAGCAGAUGUGUUUUCCUUAGUCCAUCGUAGUAUACCGGGGGAGAAAAGAAAAGCAAAUAUUGUAAAGUCAUCUGUAGGAUUUAAAAAUAUGGAUAAUACUAGCAGUGGACAGUAUCCGCCUAAUACCCAAAUCUCUACCCUAUACUGUAAAUUUUGCAAAAAGGAGGGUCAUCUAAUUAAAAACUGCCCACAUCCAAAAUGUAAGGUGGCAAAAGAAGCAAAAGAUUAUAAUUUUACAAAACCUGUGGCUACUACUAAUUUUGCUUAUAAACUGUUUCAGGAAGAUCCAUUUAAGGCAUUCCGAUCAAAGGGUCAUGUGUUCAGCAAGUCAGGGGGUAAUAGAUAUCCAAUUGAUAUUGUCAGAGAUACAGCAUGCGCACAAUCACUCAUACUGAAGAGUGCUCUGCCAGAUAUUGAAAACUGCUUAACAGGUGAGAAAGUCUGGCUUGAGUAUAUAGAAGGAUGUGCUCCUAAACAGCUUGCUGUAAUCAACUUGGAUUGCGAUAUGGUAGAAGGACCAGUAACGGUUGGUGUUGUAAAUACGAUACCGAUUCCUAAUGCAAGUUUCCUCAUGGGUAAUGACUUAGCUGGGGACUUAGUAAUACCAGAAUUAAGGGUAACUGACACCCCUUUACAAUAUAAUAACACAACUGAACUUGAAAUGGAACAGCCAUAUCUUUUCCCUAGCUGUGCAGUAACAAGAUCCAAAGCUAAGAAAGGGGAUGAACCUUUAGCUUCUUUCAAACCUAAUCUAGUAAACCAUGAUAAUCAACCUGUAACAAAGAAAAUAACUGAUAAUUUAAUUUCAAAUAUGAUGACGCCAGAAAAGCUAAUUGAAGCACAGAAAUGUGAUGAAUCUCUUAUAAAAUGUCAUAAUGAAGCUUGUGAUGGUGCUGUUGUUAAAUCUCCUAGUUUUUAUUACAAAGAUAAUGUACUGAUGAGAUUCUAUCGACCUCCUAAUCUGUCUAUAAAGGAUUCAUGGUCUGAGAAGCAUCAGAUUGUCUUGCCACAGUCUAUCAGAAAGAGUGUAAUAGAGAUCGCUCAUGAAGGUUUUGGUGGGCAUCUCGGGAUCAGGAAAACUUGUCAGAAAAUCUUAAAUGAUUUCUUUUGGCCUGGACUUAAACAGGAUGUUACAAAGCACAUAAAUUCAUGUCAUGUGUGUCAAGUAGCUGGGAAGCCCAAUCAAACUAUUCCUCCUUAUCCUCUUCAACCCAUUCAAGUCCCAUGUGAACCUUUUCAAAAGAUUAUCAUUGACUGUGUGGGACCUCUACCAAAAACCGCAAAAGGGAAUCAAUAUAUACUGACUGUAAUGUGUCCCACUACAAGGUAUCCAGAAGCAUUUCCUCUUAAAAAUAUUUCUGCUAAGAGUAUUUGUAAAAAUCUUGUACACAUGUUUACAACUUUUGGUAUCCCACAGGAGGUACAGUCUGACAGAGGUAGCAACUUCACGAGUGAACUCUUCUCUAAGGUACUCCAAGAACUGGGCAUUAAGCAGACCCUUUCCACUGCAUAUCAUCCUGAGUCACAAGGAGCCCUGGAGCGUUGGCACCAAACACUAAAAUCCAUGCUCCGCAAGUUUUGUCUGGAGAAUCAGAAAUGCUGGGAUGAAGGUAAAUGCAAUGUUAUCAAGCAUGAUAUUGAACUAGUGCCAGGUACGCUUCCCAUACGACAAGCACCUUAUCGUCUAAACCCCGAGAAAAAGCAGCAAAUGAGAGACGAAGUGAACUAUCUACUGCAGAAUGGCUUAGCAGUACCAAGCUCAUCGCCAUGGGCUUCUCCAUGUCUACUAGUGCCGAAGGAAGGUGGACAACUUCGUAUGUGUACAGACUAUAGGCGGCUGAAUGUAGUAACUAUUCCUGACUCUUACCCUCUCCCUAGAGUUGAUGAUCUCAUUGAUGCAGUUGGUCAGUCUAAAUAUUUAUCCAAAAUUGAUCUUCAUAAGGGAUUUUAUCAGAUAAUGCUAACUGAAAAAGCUCGAGUUACAUCUGCAUUCAUCACUCCAUUUGGACUUUAUGAAUAUUUAGUUAUGCCAUUCGGUAUGAGAAACAGUCCUGCUACAUUUCAACGUGUUAUGAACUUUACAUUACAUGGAUUAAAUGGUGUUCACGUAUACUUAGACGAUAUUUUGAUUCUUUCAGAAACUUGGUCUCAGCACUUAGAGAGUUUAUCGUGUGUUUUACAGAAACUACAAGAUGCCCAUUUGACAAUAAGGUUGGCGAAGUGUACUUUCUGCAGUGCUACAGUAACGUAUUUAGGACAUAUUGUUGGAAAUGGAAAGGUAAAACCCAAGACUGCAAACGUAGAAGCCAUUCUGAACUAUCAAAUUCCAAGCACUCGGAAGUCCCUCAUGCGCUUCCUUGGCAUGGUGGGAUUUUACCGUCGCUACUGUCCAAAUCUCGCAGACGUCGCUGCUCCGCUGACGCGUCUCACCAGUCAAAAAGUGACUUUUUCCUGGACUUCAGAAUGUCAGAGGGCUUUCGAGAGACUGAAGCAGUUCCUUUCCAGCGACCCCGUGUUGGCAGCUCCCGAUUUCCAGAAUCCCUUCAUCCUGCAUACAGAUGCUAGUGAUAUAGCUACCGGCGCCGUCCUCCUCCAAGAAGAUGACGAAGGUGUUCUACAUCCAGUAGCUUACCACUCAACCAAGCUUGCCAAGCAUCAGCUAGCAUACAGUACCAUCGAGAAAGAGUUGCUUGGAAUCAUAACUGCAAUCAAGAAAUUCGAGUGUUAUCUGUAUGGUGGUGCUCAUCCUGUCCAGAUCUUCACUGACCACAAUCCGCUGACCUUCCUGGAGAAGAACAAGUACUCCAAUCAGCGACUACUGAGAUGGUCGUUGUCCCUUCAGCCUUAUCAUCUCCAGGUGAAACACAUAAAAGGGCGCGACAAUAUAAUUGCAGAUGCGCUCUCCAGGCCAUAA